UGGCGUGUGAGUGUUGUAAGUUGCAUUUUAAAGGCCAUCACUCGUGCUCGGUGGCUUCUUCGCGUUGGAGCAGAAACUAGUUGAAGUGGUCUUCAGCGCUCGUCUCCACGCGCUGGUUUGUAGGUCAAUGCUUUUUCUUCCUGUACAUGCGUGCCCCAUGGGGUGAAACGGAAAAGCAGUGGGUUGAUGAGGGCGGAUGUGAAAUAAGGGGAAGCACCGCAGAGGAACAGGAGAAGCAAAGAGAAAACCAAAGUCCCCUGAUCAGCUUUCAGAGGAACAAACGAGACUCUCAUUUUAGCGUCUUUAGUGAAAAUAAGUUAUCUGCACAGCGUGACACGAGCCAGCUCAGCCCAGCACUGAGGCUGUGCAGAGAAGCUUCCACCCUCCUCCCUCUGACCUCCGACCGCUGCGAGGAGGAAGCUGUGGUCGUGUUGCUCAGUGAUCAGAGCCGCAUUGGCUCAGAGCUCGGCGGAGGCGACAGACGAGCUGCACGUUUAACAAAGCUCUGCUCCAUCACCUUCACCAGCUCAUCCAUCAUGGCUCUCCCAGCCGUCCUCCUCCUCCUCCACCUCCUGUUGAGCUCCGAGGGUUCCCUCUCUCCUCCGCGGAUCUCCUUCGCUCUCAACUCCACGGAGAGACCUGUGCUCCACUUUGGCCACGGUGACCUCCACAACACCACCGCUCUGCUGCUGAGCAGCGACAGCUCCACUCUUUACGUUGGCGCACAAAACGCCAUCCUGUCACUGGACGUUAACCAGAGUGAUGUCAUCAGACUGAACAAGAAGGUGCAGUGGAGUCCGUCUGAUAAAGAGACAUCGGAUUGCACGGGGAAAGGAAAGGAUUUAAUGAAUGAAUGUCCAAACUUUAUCCACGUGUUGCAACCUCUAAACUCCACCCAUCUCUACACCUGUGGCAGCUACGCUUACAGCCCCCAAGAAGCGUACAUCGACACCCAAAGCUUCUCUAUUGUCAAAAAAGUCAGCGCUAAAGGUCGCUGUCCGUUCAGCCCCUUCGAGAGGAGCGCCGUCGUCAUCGCAGACGGCGAGCUGUUCACAGCCACAAAAACCGACUUCAGAGGAAUCAAACCACAGAUUUUGCGAUACUUCAGCAAAGACGGCCGUCCAGACGUCAGCCUGGAGACGUCGAUCCGCCUACUGGAAGAGCCUACAUUUGUCAGCUCAUCACUGGACCCAGCAGAGGGGAAACUCUACUUCUUCUUUAGUGAAGUUGGGAAAGAGUUCAGUUACGUAGAGGAUCUGAAAACCGCUCGGGUGGCUCAAGUCUGCAAGGAUGAUGUUGGUGGAGUGAGGACUCUGCAGAAGAAAUGGACGUCCUUUACCAAAGCCACUCUGCUCUGUCAGUUUGAGAAACAGCUUCCCUUCAAUAUUCUCCAGGAUGUGUUCACCCUCCCGCCACCAGAGGGCGGCGACACUGCUGACACUCUGUUCUACGGUGUCUUCGCGACUCAGUGGUCCAGAGGUCCAGAGUCUGCAGUUUGUGUCUUCAGACUUGAGGACAUCAAAGACGUGUUCAAGGGGAGCUACAGGACCUUCGUAACGGGGACCCACCAGUGGAGUACGCAACAGGAAACGCACAGCUACCUGGGAACGUGUGGACUUGGCAAUUCUACUGACGCUGUUUUGGGGGAAGUGAAGAAGAGUUUCCUGACCACGAACCCUGUGACGCCUGUCGGCAAAGGUCCGGUCGUCGUCUCAUCGGAGCAGCAGUACAGUCGCGUGGCUGUGAUGAGAGCACGCGCAGCCAACGAUGAACAGCAUACCCUCCUGUUCCUCAUCACAGAGUCUGGAUUUCUCCACAAAGUGAUUUUGCUUGAUCAGGGUCCUUGGGUCAUUGAGGAGAUUCAGCUCUUUGCCCAGCCUCAGACGGUCCAAAGCGUGGUCCUCUCCACCUCCAAGGGAGUCCUCUAUGUGGGGACCUCUGAAGGCGUGACUGCCGUACCCGUGGCCAACUGCUCGACCUACACAACCUGCAGUCAGUGUCUCCUGGCCAGAGAUCCUCUGUGUGGAUGGAGCCGCGCUAGCAGGGCCUGUGCCCGUGUGCAUGGCGGUCAUGAGGACAUGGUUCAGAACCUGGAAGACAGUAAUGUGGACGACAAAUGUCAGGGGCAAACCGAGGCCGAGAAGAUGACAGUGGUCCGCGCUCACAUGAAUGAAGUGGUGAGGCUUUCGUGUCUGACACCUUCCAACUUGGCCACUCUGACCUGGGCCUUCCCUCAGUCAGAGAAGCUCUUCAUCCAAUCAGAUGACGGCAGUCUCAGCUUCUUCGUCACUAACGACACUUCAGGGGUCUACCGCUGUGAGGCAGAGGAAGCCGGGUACAAACAAGUAGUUGAAAGCUAUGACGUACAACUGAUGCGCUCUAACUUGACCCCAAGAACCCAUGAAACUGCAGGGCCGGACGAGACCUACGAGAGCAUUGUUACCGACGAUCCAACAAUGUCUCCGACACGGCUCAUACACGCCAAUGAAUACACCACCGAUGACAGAAAGAAUGGAUUUACAACCAGUCCUACGGGCAAGGUGACCUCCAAAGAACAUCGCAGAACAAACGGGAACCUUCAGAGCAGUAGUUCUGACACCCUGCACGGGGUGCAGCUCGACGACGUGACUCCGAAGGAGAAGAGUUACUACGGUGAGCUCGUAGGUGUUUCACUCAUGCUGGCCUUGUGCAUCUGCAUCAUGAUUCUCGGAUCGCUCCACAUGUGGCAAAAAAGGAAAGUUAGUCUCGGGAAGGAUGCACUGGUCACUCCGGAGGAGGGCGCCAGCAUAAACAGGCCUGUGGAGAUCUGCUCUCUGAGCAGCCGGGCGGAGCUCGAGCCUGAGCUGAAGGUGGUGGAGUAACUGAAGACGCCUUAACUUGCAGCUGGUUUAGCCGGACAGUUAUCGCCAAAGACAUCGUGAAAGUAGGAGAGUGUAAGAAUCCUUGGAAAGCAGUUUGAGAUUUUUAAUGUUUACCUCAGUAUUUGAGUCGUGUUUUUACCGCAGCCUAAAACCAAACGUCGCGAGCGUGUCGCAGAUGUGACUGAGACACAGGGGGAUACCUCACAGUCUUACAGUAGCACCUUAACCCAAGAUGGCUCCAAGCUAAAGCCUAAUGAUGGGACCUUUAUUUCCAAAGUGAACAUCGUGUUUUAUUCAAUAAGACCGUAAACUCAGCAGGAGAGAGUUGGCUGAGCUCACAUAUCAACGGAACAGAGCGUUGUUUUCAGAUGAUUCAGACGUCUACGUGAUUGGACUCGUUUUCACCCCCUGCUGGCGAAUUGAAAGACUGCAGGCGUAAAGCACCUUUCAGCCCCAUGAGCUACAGUUCUGUAAUAAUUAUAGAGGAAAUGGAAUAAGUCUGAAGUCUGAGGUCUCAGAGCCGGUGGACUUAGGCUAAUGCUGUGAAGCUAGCUCUUCUUAUUUACUUUAAUAUGAAAUACGCUCAUUUUGGCAAAGGUUUGCAUGCUGAACAAGACAAAGAGGUACCUGCUUUUCUUUAAGGUGGUGUAAAGUGUAAAGCUUUGAGUCUCAGUGCAGUUUAUAAAUGGCUGCUAUACAAACACGUCCCCCCUGUGCCGACAGAAGCAAGCAGCUACCACAGAAACUGCAGAGUUUGGUACAGACACGUUCUCUGAGGUUGUCUCUUGAGGUCCACGGGAACCUUUAAUGCAUCUGCUGCUUGAUAUGAAAUUUAAGAAAACAUUUGAAUUGUUUCUGUUGAUGCUCGAGUUUCAGGGUCCUUUUAUUUCCUGAUGUUUUUAGGAGUUUUGUGUCUGUUAAUAUUCUUUGAUUUUAAAUGUCGGUUGUGGAACUACUUUUCUGUUUUAACUCAGGGCUUUGAAAACGGUGAUAAAGGCAGCGGGUGUGUUUUAUUAGUUGACAUUAACGAUGUCUUUAAGAAUGGAUUGAACAAAUCAUCCUGCUUACACGCACUCGUUUUAAUCUUUUACAUGUUUUAUUUAAUAAGAUCUCUUUUGAAUUUACAAGGCAGGUCGACUUAACCAGGACAAGGAUUUAUUUUUUGUGUGAAACUGUUCAGUUUUUAUAAAAUCUUGCCUCAUAUCAAGAAAAAGCUCACUUUUUUCUAUUUAACAUUUCCUGUUCCGGUUCUUGAGACGAUGUUUUAAUUGUUUGUUCUAAGUUGUAUUUUAGUUUUUGGUUAUUUUUCUCAGUGACGUGAUUUCCGUGUGGAUUUUUUGCACGCUACAGAAUUUCUCUGUAACUCAGGCAAAAUUGAAUCUAGUGUUAGUGAAUCCGAUGCAUGUUGAAGGACUGAUGUUUUUAUGUGUGAAUACUCGGAUAAAUCAUCUAUAUGCAUUGCAAAGAUUUAGGCUACUAGAAGAAUAUAUUUGUGUUAAAUGAAUGUGCACAGUUGUCAGUCGCUGUAUGUGAACGAAUGUAUGUAAACUGUUAAAUGUGAAACCUGCUUUGAAUGUAACACGGGCUAAGAUUCAAUAAAACAGUCAAUAAA